AUGUCAUCGAUACAGCAGAAUGCACUCAAGAGACCAAGGGCCACAUCGACAGUAAAGCGUACACACCGUCUCACCCACAUCCAACAACUGCCGGCCGAGACCGAGCCCGCGGCGCAAGAUGAGACUUUCAUACAGGCACAGCUACUGCGGUCUAUCUGCACCGCCCUGACUAUCGUCGGCUAUGACAGUGUGAAACCCUCGGCUCUGGAAAUGUUUCGCGCGGAGGUCGAAGAAUACAUGAUCAACUUCCUCAGCACCGUCAAAGACUCCAUGUCAGCCUCACGACGAAUCACGCCCAUACCACAAGACUUCAUCUUUGCCCUCGCAGAAGCUGGCCUGGAAUCACAUCACUUAGAUCCGCACCUUCGCUUGGCUUUACCAGACGACAUUGCCAAUCCUACCAUCCUACCUCCACGUCCCUCAGAAGCACCACCACCUGAUCUGGCCCCCAUGCUAGGAAAUGAACUGGCUACUCCGGCGACGCAGCAAUACGGAUACAUACCCUCACACUUUCCUCCGCUACCGAGCCGUCACGCCUGGCAAAGUACCGCCCUCUUCACACAACGAGAGCAAGAUCCUCGACGCAUCCGCGAGCGCGCAACAGACGAAGGUGUUCAAGCCGAGCAUGCUUUGCGCAAACUUACCGCUGCCAACAAGGCCCGUCUACGCCAGCCGACUGUCGACAAGGCCAAGGACAAGCUAUGGCAAGAUACUAUCGCCGAUUUGCUGGACGACGAUGACCAUCAUCCACCGACGACGCGAGAUGCAGAUGGGGACAUCAUGUUGGAUGGGUACUCGCAAGAUCAAGGCAGUGACAAGGCAGCGGCUAUAGCUGAUCUGGUUCGUGGAGGUGGUGGAUUGAUGGUCAAUCACGACCGCAAUCACUGGCGCAGGGGAAGAGGUGCUGUCCACAUCUGA